UUGUAAAGAACAUAUUCGGAAAGAUCACCCGAGUGGAAGGAACGUGUUAAGCCUACUCAGAGAGAUUCCAAAAUGAUGCUAGGUUCUAAAGAUCAUGUGCUAUCAGUUCUAAGAGGAUAUGUCAUACAUGGAAACAUCAGUUUAUUGUAGUUGAUUGAGGAUUGUUUAUAAAAUUGAUAAACUUAGACUUAUUUGGAAAAAAAGGUGAUUGCUGCGCAAAAUUAUCUCCCUUCGACCACAGAAAAGGAUUAUCUUAAUUGUAUACAUGCAUUUUAUACAUUAUUGCGGAUAUUAAUAUGUUAAUAAUCACAUAACUUCAUCUUCAUGAAAGAAGACUAUUAAGUGGCAAUAAACAAAGCACGCAAGCUGAUAUAAGAAAGUAGUUAAGGAGAAUUUCCUGAGGUAUUGGAGACCAGAAAGGCAGAUGUCGCGACAUCGGGAAAAGAUAAUGAUGUCAUGAAACAAAACUGACCACAGUGUUCUGUCGUGACCUGCCGUUAGUGACAUGGAAAAACGCAAAAGGGUUCAUUUACGAAUAAGGAUAAUACAUGUAUAAAAAUAAGAAGCUGCUUUUCAAAAGGAUGCAUUAGUAAGCUUCUAAAGUUAUUGGUUAUGUAAAAAUACACGGGUUUUUACAAAAUUGUUUGUUUACGUUUUUAAGCAGAGCGUACGGGUCGGCGCAAGAGAAGAACUAUAGUUGUGUGCGGGGAUUUGAACUCGGGAUUUUGUGAAAGGGCAGCAACAACAACUAUUCGGUCUAAUGACCAUGACGACUAUGGAACACUUGGAUGAAAAACCAUUGGCAAACAGUAAAGAAGACGAAUCCAGUGGUUCUGAAGGUGGAUUAAACAGUCUGAGCAAGAAAUCCAGGUCUAAAAGAGGUCACAGCGGAGUCAACCAGCUCGGAGGGAUGUUUGUCAACGGACGUCCCUUACCAGACUCGACUCGGCAGCGAAUUGUGGAGCUGGCACACAGUGGAGCACGACCAUGCGAUAUUUCUAGAAUCCUCCAGGUGUCUAACGGAUGCGUCAGUAAAAUCCUCGGACGUUAUUAUGAAACGGGUUCAAUUCGGCCACGUGCAAUCGGUGGAAGCAAACCACGUGUUGCAACAAAUGACGUAUGUAGUCACGUGGCUCAAUAUAAGAGAGAAUGUCCCUCUAUAUUUGCCUGGGAAAUAAGGGACAGACUACUUUCUGACGGGGUCUGCAAUCAAGAAAAUAUUCCAAGCGUUUCCUCAAUCAAUAGGGUCCUUCGGAAUCUGGCCACGGAGAAUCAGAAGGUGAUGGGUCAAGGCAGCAUGUACGACAAACUCGGACUCCUGAACGGUCAGGCCUGGGCUCGCCCGAACCCUUGGUACCCCAACAUGGGCAUGCAUGGGAUCAGUGCCCCCACCUACCAUCAGCCCCCGAACGCCCAUCUUAGCAUGGAGAAAAAACACAACGAUGCGAACUCCAGUUCUGAUAGCAACCAUAGUGAUGGUGCAAAGGGUUCCGAAAAUGACGAGCAGAUGAGAAUGAGGCUGAAGCGAAAGCUGCAGCGAAACCGAACCUCAUUCACAGCAUCACAAAUAGAAGCUUUAGAAAAAGAAUUUGAGCGUACGCAUUAUCCAGAUGUCUUUGCGCGAGAGAGAUUGGCGCAAAAAAUAGAUCUCCCUGAAGCAAGAAUACAGGUUUGGUUUUCAAAUCGCCGCGCCAAGUGGCGACGUGAAGAGAAACUGCGCAACCAGCGCAGAGAACCAUCCGGAGGUUCCUCUAGAAUCCAUUCACUGAAUCCCGGCUUCAAUUCUAUGUACCCUUCACUUCAAACCAUCUCGCAGAUGGGAUCUGCAGAACCUUACAGUGCAAUGCCCCCGGUGCAGAAUUACUCCCUCAAUAACACGAUGCCCUCCAACCCCGCCUGUCUUCAGUCCUCUAGCUCCCCCUACUCCUGUAUGAUACCAGACUAUCCAGGACCUCGCAGCUAUGACGCCCUCUCUCUGAGCGCGUACUCGAGAUCUUCGUGCAGUGCGGUGGCAGCUAGUGUUCCCAACCAUGUCACACACAAUUCACAUAACGGUGCGUCCACCGGUUUGAUAUCACCCGGGGUGUCCGUUCCUGUACAAAUCCCGGGGGGUGGGCCGCAGGAUAUGGGGGUCCAUCAUAUGAGUUCCAUGUCGUCACAGUACUGGCCUAGAAUACAAUGAUAAUUAUUGUUUAAAGACGUGUUACUAUAUUAAGUAAUGCAUACAAAAACGCUUGCGCAUGCGCGAAAGAAACAGUGACGUAAUCGUGAUCCAAACGCGAGAAUAUUGUUGGACCUAAACUGUUAUAUAUUAUGGUGUUUUUUGGAGGCAGCAAAUUAGCGACGGGAUAUUUUUUUAAUUUAAAAUAACUGUCGUCGUGGUGAAAAGGACAUGAAGGUGACAUGGCGACAUGCCUUGAAAUGUUGAAGAAAAUGUAGUUGUCAGAUGAAACGUUCUCUGCAGGAAAUAGCGGGGCUCGCUUAACAUGAGGAGGGAGAUGCACUCAAAGAGGACUCAAUAAAUUGAGAAGAGCAAAUAUGACAAGGGAAUAAAAACAUCAAAGUGAAAAAACGAUUUGUGGCAUAAGUUAAGUAAAGAUGGUUUUGUGGUUAGGACCUUUUACUGAAAAACAUCCUAACAUUGGGUUGAGGCUUGUCUUACAGAUGAAAGACUGAACAUGUAUUACACUGACUUAUGUAAUAGUGGUAAAAGCCUUACGAAGGGCAUUUUGUUUGAUAAAUCUUACAAAUAAAAUCUAAGAAAACAGCCCUUCAUUCGGUUUUCGAUCAUUGAAAUCCCUUCUUUUCAAAGACAUUAAUCUGUUAUCACAAGAUGCAUCUCAUGCUUCAUAUUUCUUCUAAAGUACCGGUUAGUUUUAUUACAAUUACUUUUGUUAAUUUUUAUAUCUGCUAUAAUAGUCUCAGGUAUUUGUUGAUUUUGGUGUGUCAUAAUUUUGCGUACUUAUACUCGGGUACUUAAACUAAAAAACAGAAGUAUUCUCUAGUCUUCGUUUUAUUUUAUUUUAAGUACAGGGUGUUUUGAAAACUACCAUCGAAAGGAAUGGAUUAUCCUUAAUUUAUGUGUGCAAAAUUAAUCUUAAGCUGAGGUUCAUUUCAGGCCAGUAUAUUCUACGCUACUAAUUGUUCUUAUACCUUUUUUCAUUGUUUUUACUAAAAUGAUUCAAUAUAUCUAACAAUUUCUUACUCUUAUCGGAUUUGUGACUUUUGUAAAGUUUAUACUGAUAUGAAAAUCAAUGAAGAAAGAAAAACAAUUCCCUACAUCAUGUAUGAAUCAAAUAAAACAUCGUAUAUAAAUUUAAAAUUAAGGCAGAAUAACACUAUCACAAAUUUGUGCUAUGUUCAAUGUGUUCUUUUUAAUGUUGUUGAUUUCUACAUGUGGGUAUCUAAACAUUUUGAGCAUAUACUUUUUUCACAUUUAUCGAUGCUUUUCUUCCAGAUUCAUAUUCAUUGUGCUAUGUUUCAUUAGUUCUGUAAACUUACUUGUUGAAUGUUUGUGAUUAUUUGUAUAUUUGUGUAAUUCCUAUUUUAUUAGGGCUGUUUAACAGUCCUGCAAUUAUAUAUAUAGCCGUUUCUCUUUAAUAUGUAAAACCUGGAAAAUAAAAAAAAAUAUAAACCUA